UGAUGCAGGAAGUACAGCAGCUAGAGUUGCUGUGCAAACAAUUGUACGAGUCUCAGGAUGCAGCUCACCGUGCAGAAGCUGAAAAAGCAUUAGUAGGUUUUCAAAAUGCACCGGAUACACUCACUAAAUGUCAAUUAUUAUUGGAAAGAGGCGAUUCCGCUUACGCUCAAUUGCUCGCUGCUACUACGCUCACUAAAUUGGUAUCAAGAUCUGCCCAAGGAUUGAGCUUGCAGCAGAGACUUGACAUCAGGAAUUAUGUUCUGAAUUACUUGGCAACCAGGCCAAAAUUACCGAGUUUUGUGAUACAAGCAUUAGUCACGUUAUUUGCAAGAAUAUCAAAGCUAGGAUGGUUUGAUUCUGAUAAAGACGACUAUGUCUUCAGAAAUGUUGUUGGAGACAUUUCAAAGUUUCUUCAAGGAUCUGUGGAGCACUGCAUGAUUGGAGUACAACUGCUCUCCCAAUUGACCUGCGAAAUGAAUCAAAUUUCAGAAGCAGACGCCAAUAGGUCACUGACUAAGCACAGAAAAAUAGCUAGUAGUUUUCGUGACACUCAAUUAUUUGAAAUAUUUCGAUUGUCAUGUUCAUUAUUGGGUACAGCAAGAGAAAAUUGUAAAAAUUUAAACUUUAAUGAUGAAUCACAGCACGGAUUAAUGACCCAGUUAUUACGCUUAGCCCGUAACUGUCUAACAUUUGAUUUCAUCGGAACAUCAACAGACGAAAGUUCUGACGAUUUGUGUACAGUCCAAAUCCCAACAAGUUGGCGACCAGCAUUCCUAGAUUUUACCACAUUAAAACUAUAUUUCGACUUGUACCACAGUCUCCCGAAUACCUUAUCAUCAUUAGCAUUAUCGUGUCUAGUACAAUUAGCCUCAGUCCGACGUAGUUUAUUUUCCAACACCGAGAGAGCUAAAUUUUUAACCCACCUGGUAAACGGAGUGAAGCACAUCCUUCAAAAUCCCCAAGGAUUGAGCCAUCAGGAUAACUACCACGAGUUUUGCCGACUAUUAGCCCGACUAAAAAGCAAUUACCAGCUCGGAGAAUUAGUUAUGGUGGAAAAUUACCCAGAGGCGAUCCAAUUAAUCGCAAAAUUCACCGUUCAGAGUUUGCAAAUGUGGCAAUUUGCACCAAACAGCGUCCACUACUUGCUGAGCUUGUGGCAACGGAUGGUAGCUUCAGUGCCCUAUGUUAAAGCAACAGAGCCCCAUUUGCUGGAGACCUACACUCCGGAAGUAUCCAACGCUUACAUCACUUCCCGGCUAGAGUCAGUUGCCGUGGUGGUGCGCGAUGGCUUGGAGGAUCCUCUUGAUGAUCUGGGCAUGGUCCAGCAGCAACUGGAGCAGCUGUCGGUCAUUGGAAGGUGCGAGUACCAAAAAACAUGCACGCUGCUGGUCCAGCUGUUCGAUCAAGCUGCUAGGGCCUAUCAGGAGCUUCUUGCCCAGACUGCCAAUAAUAAUCCCACUCAUCAAAUCGAGAUCACCAUCCAGGAGGGCCAGCUGACCUGGCUGGUCUACAUCAUCGGCUCCGCGAUUGGUGGUCGCGUUUCCUUUAAUAGCAAUGAAGAGCAUGAUGCCAUGGACGGCGAGCUUGUUUGCAGGGUCCUCCAGCUGAUGAAUCUUACCGACUCGGGACUCUCUCAGGGUGGCUGUGAGAAACUAGAGCUCGCUAUGCUCAGUUUCUUUGAACAGUUUCGCAAGAUAUAUGUCGGGGAUCAGAUCCAAAAAAAUUCUAAGGUCUAUCGCAGGUUGUCGGAAGUUCUGGGGCUCAGUGAUGAAGCCAUGGUACUCAGUGUUUUUAUUCGUAAAAUAAUAACUAAUUUAAAAUACUGGGGAAGUAGAGAGCAAAUUAUUUCAAGGACGCUUCAAUUAUUAACUGAUUUAUCUGUAGGAUACAGUUGUGUCCGUAAGCUUGUUAAACUUGAAGAAGUACAAUUCAUGUUAAAUAAUCACACUAGUGAACAUUUUCCAUUCCUUGGUAACAAUGUAGCAGUAACAGAAAUGCGUUGCAGGUCAAUGUUCUAUACUUCAUUGGGAAGAUUAUUGAUGGUAGAUUUGGGUGAAGACGAAGAAAGAUUUCAUACAUUCAUGUUACCCCUCACAGCUGCUUUGGAAAGUCUAGGUCAGUUAAUGGGUGCAGCAGAUACCCCACUAUUCGCAGCAGAGGAAGCUAAAAAAGCAUUGAUAGGAAUAGCGCGUGACCUGCGAGGUCUGGCGUACGCUUUCAACACAAAAACUUCCUAUAUGAUGCUCUUUGACUGGAUAUAUCCGAAUUACACGCCGAUCUUGUUGCACGCAAUCGAGUUAUGGCACCACGAGCCCCAGGUGACGACGCCAGUGCUGAAAUUAUUCGCAGAGCUGGUCCAGAACCGCAGUCAGCGACUCCAGUUCGAGGUAUCAUCUCCCAAUGGAAUCCUCCUGUUUCGCGAAGCCAGCAAAGUUAUUUGCAGCUACGGGAAUCAUAUAUUGAACGUCGAAGUGCCCAAGGAUCAAAUGUACUCGCUGAAGCUAAAGGGGAUCAGCAUUUGUUUCAGCAUGUUGAAAGCUGCCUUGUGUGGAAGCUACGUCAAUUUUGGCGUUUUUAGGCUCUAUGGCGACGAAGCGUUGGAUAAUGCACUCAAUACUUUUGUCAAGUUAUUACUCAGUAUACCUCAAAGUGACCUAUUAGACUAUCCAAAAUUAUCAGCGACGUAUUACGUGCUACUGGAGUGCCUGGCGCAAGACCACAUGGCAUUUCUAUCAACCUUAGAGCCACGGGUCUUUCUGUACAUCCUAUCCAGCAUCAGCGAAGGCCUAACGGCACUAGGUGCGCUAAAAGACUCCUACACAGACACCAUGGUCUGCACGGGUUGCUGCGCGACACUUGAUCAUAUUGUUACGUAUUUAUUUAAGCAGCUUUCGCAGAAAGCUGGAGUUUAUCCAGGGAAGAAAAAUGCGGCAGUGACAGCCGGGGGUGAAUUGUUCUUGCAAGUACUCAAACAACAUCCGGAAAUAUUGCAGCAAAUAUUGAGCACUGUUUUGAAUGUUAUUAUGUUUGAGGACUGCAGAAAUCAAUGGAGCAUGUCGAGACCACUUCUGGGUCUUAUUUUACUCAAUGAAGAAUAUUUUGGCCAAUUGCGAGAAAAUAUUAUUAGAAGUCAACCAGUUGAUAAACAAGCAGCUAUGGCUCAGUGGUUUGAAAAUUUAAUGGAUGGUAUUGAACCAAAUUUGUUAACGAAAAAUAGAGAUAGGUUUACUCAAAAUUUAUCAAUGUUCAGGAGAGAUAUCAAUGAUUCCCUUAAAGGUCCGAAUAUGUCUGCCAAUUCAACCAACGAUAUGAUGACUUCGUAG